CCUCAGAAAAAGAACCCGCCCAGGAGUAACUGGAGAGAUCUAUGCAACUGGCAGCCUCCCAGUGAAGUGAAUUGUUUUGAGCCUGAGGCUCCAGCCAAUAUGAAAGUGCAUCUUCAAACCAUCAUCUGUGGGUGUGUUCUAGCCACAGUUCUACCGCUGGUGAAAGGCACCAAAGUUGACCUCAACUCCAACAUGAAAAAGAGAUUUAGAGUCUGGUUACAGAGCCACACAAGAUACGAUUUCCAAAGCAGCUCUGCAGUGAACUCAGGGAUCCUCAGUGGACCAGGGCAGAGAGAGGAGACAGACCCCUCAGUAUUUCAUUCCAGGUCCAGAAGAUCCAUUGUGACCUCAGUAAAAAGACCAGGCUGUUCUCUGGGAACAUGCAGCCUGCAUGACCUGGUCCAUCGGCUACACAUCCUCAACAACAAGUUAAAGGUCAACAGAGCCCCGGAGGACAAGAUCAGCUCACAGGGUUACGGUCGCCGCCGCAGGUCGCCACAGUCACUCCCACAGCGCUACACAAAGCUAAGUCUCCAAGCAGGCAGAGUGAGACUGAACUGCAGCAGAGAGUGCAGCAAAUGACUCCACCUACAGGCCAUCCCUCUCAGACAAACUUGAGACGGGCAGAGAACCGGAAGAGGAGUGUCGAUCUAGCGAAUAUCAAGCACUUUUUUAUGUUUGGGGCUGGCUGAAAUAUUACUGAGGUCCUAUUCCUGAGCAUUCCUUUGCUGCAUGGGGAAAAGGAUGGACAAGGUCAAUGGAGCAGGAAACAAUUUUCAUGCCACUGGAUGGAAAAUAGAGGGGCGCAAGAAGGUGUGUGUGUGUGUGUGUUCCAGUGACUUCUGCACUCUCUGUGGAACUUGACACGCUUCUGUCUCUUUCCCAGCUCAGGAGACAUUCUCUCACCCCUGUGGCGGCAUAGAAAGAGUUGCUUGGUUGAACACUGUCGCUCCAAACCACACCACUGCACUAGGACUAGAGCUUAACCUCUAGACUAGAUUGGGGCUGGGACCAGAGGUUAAUCCUUAGACUAGGCUGGGACUAGAGCUUAACCCCUAGACCAGACUGGGACUAGAGCUUAACCCUUGGACGAGACUGGGGCUGGGACUAGAGCUUAACCCUUGGACUAGACUGGGGCUGGGACUAGAGCUUAACCUCUAGACUAGACUGGGGCUGGGACUAGAGCUUAACCCUUGGACUAGGCUGGGACUAGAGCUGGGCCAGGAGCCUAGCAGGAGAAGAGGAGGACAUAUAACAUGCUCUUGACUGACUAAUUUCACAUAUACCACCAAUAUCAGUUCAAAACAAUAUCAAUGAUGCUGAGAGACACUGUAACAGAAAUAUUUGGUCAAUUUAUUAUGUAUUGUGUACUCAUAAAGGAUUAUGUACUUGAACUUGAGUUUAUGUAUAUAGAGAUAAGUGCAAUGUAUAUACACAGAAAAUUGAAAAAUCAACACUUGAUAACAGUGUAACAUUUCUAGUGUUGAUUCAGGUGUUAAAGUCACUCUGUAAGUGUUAACUUAAUUACCAGUGUUAAAACAAAACCACACCCUUCAUUAUCAUAUUUCCCAGCAUGCUCUAUUGCAGGAUGAUUUAUUUUUAGAAUUGUUUGUUUCAAUAUCUAUGUUUUUGCAUGUACAUUGAUUGAUUGAAUUCAUCUUAAGCUACUCAAAUAUACAUUUGUCUAAACUAAUCAAAUCUGUUACUUGGACUUUUUUUCACCCAUUACUGAAAUGGUGGUUCCAGGUAAUAUGGUUUACGUCAGCGAUUUUAAACUAGAUUUGCCCAAGAGGCUGUAGUUGGUCUUCAAUGGGUUCACUGAAAAUUGGUUGUAAUCAGCAAACAAAGAAUGAUCCCAUUUUCAGGUCCCUGUCUGUCAAAGAUCAUUUGUAAAAAUCCAAUUAACUUCACAGAUCUUCAUUGUAAAGGGUUUAAACACUGUUUCCCAUGCUCGUUCAAUUAACCAUAAACAAGAAAUGAACAUGCACCUGUAGAACGGUUGUUAAGACACUUGCAGACGGUAGGCAAUUAAUGUCACAGUUAUGAAAACUUAGGACACUAAAGAGGCCUUUCUACUGACUCUGAAAAACACCAAAAGAAAGAUGUCCAGGGUCCCUGCUCAUCUGAGUGAACGUGCCUUAGGCAUGCUGCAAGGAGGCACGAGGACUGCAGAUGUGGCCAGGGCAAUAAAUUGUAAUGUUUGUACUGUGAGACGGCUAAGACAGAGCUACAGGGAGACAGGACGGACAGUUGAUCGUCCUCGCAGUGGCAGACCCCAGGUAACAACACCUGCACAGGAUCGGUACAUCUGAACAUCACACCUGCGGGACAGGUACAGGAUGGCAACAACAACUGUCUGAGUUACACCAGGAAUGCACAAUCCCUCCAUCAGUGCUCAGACUGUCCGCAAUAGGCUGAGAGAGGCUGGACUGAAGGCUUGUAGGCCUGUUGUAAUGCAGGUCCGCACCAGACAUCACUGGCACAUCACCGGCACAAACCCACCAUCGCUGGACCACACAGGACUGGCAAAAAAGUGCUCUUCUCUAAUGUGUCGCGGUUUUGUCUCACCAGGGGUGAUGGUCGGAUUCGCAUUUAUCAUCGAAGGAAUGAGCAUUACACCGAGGCCUGUACUCUGGAGCAGGAUCGAUUUGGAGGUGGAGGGUCCGUCAUGGUCUGGGGGUGGUGUGUCACAGCAUCAUCUGACUGACCUUGUUGUCAUUGCAGGAAAUCUCAACACUGCGUUACAAGGAAGACAUCCUUCUCCCUCAUGUGGUACCCUUCCUGCAGGCUCAUCCUGACAUGACCCUCCACAGCAUGUCAAUGCCACCAACCAUAAUGCUCGUUCUGUGCUUAAUUUCCUGCAAGACAGGAAUGUCAAUGUUCUGCCAUGGCUAGCAAAGAGCCCGGAUCUCAAUCCCACUGAGCAUGUCUGGGACCUGUUGGAUCAGAGGGUGAGGGCUUGCCCCAUUCCCCCCAGAAAUGUCUGGGAACUUGCAGGUGCCUUGGUGGAAGAGUGGGGUAAAAUCUCACAGCAAGAACUGGCAAUUCUGGUGUAGUCCAUGAGGAGGAGAUUCGCUGCAAGUAAUUAAUGUAACUGGUGGCCACACCAGAUACUAACUGUUACUUUUGACCCCACCUUUGUUCAGGGACACAUUAUUCCAUUACUGUUACUCAUAUGUCUGUAGAACUUGUUCAGUUUAUGUCUCAGUUGUUGAAUCUUGUUAUGUUCAUACAAAUGUUUACACAUGAAAAUAAACGCAGUUG